GUACAUUUUUAUUUUUCGAACGCCUAAGUGAAAUGUUAUAUCUGUCACUGAUUGACACCCCUAGCUUCUUCCUAAAUUUAUUUUUUUAUAUUUUGACACCGUGCAAGUUUUGUCUCUAUCACUGCUCCUCCCAAACAGACCUCUUCCAUCACCUUUAAGAAAUACUACUAUAAAUUCAAGCCCCUAAAGUGCAUUUCAUUGUAUAGUAAGAAUUCUUGAACUAAAGUACUACUAAUAUUGGCCUCACUAGUCUUUUGGCGAUAGUAGCAAGAUACUUGUUAUAGUACUACAUUUCAAAUUUAAACUGUAAUAAUGGUCUUCUCUGCUGGACAAUCUUAUGCAGUUUCAACAAAUUUUGAUCCCUUGCAACAAAAUAUAUGGGGUUCUAAGCCUCAUAUUUCAUCAUUUUCCAUCAAAGAGAUCAACUUUAAACAAUGUGAUAAGCCCACCAUCUUGUCCAAAAAAUCUCUAUACAUUUCAGCAGUACUAAGUGGAUUUAAACAUGCUGAUGAAUCAAAAGUGUCCAAAUCUAGGGACCCUUUAGUCCAAUGCAAUGCAUAUGAGGCUAGUCGGCCGCAAUCGAUACCAAUCAGCAUCGAGUUUGGCCAAGGAGCUCAGGCUGCUGCUGCUCAGAAGCUCAAGAUUGGGUUCUAUUUUGCAACAUGGUGGACUUUGAAUGUUGUUUUCAAUAUUUACAACAAGAAGGUUUUGAAUGCCUUCCCAUUUCCAUGGCUUACUUCUACUCUUUCUCUGGCUGCUGGCUCUCUUAUGAUGUUGGUUUCAUGGACUACGAAGAUUGCUGAAACUCCAAAGACUGACUUUGAUUUCUGGAAAGCCUUGUUUCCUGUUGCUGUGGCUCACACAAUUGGUCAUGUGGCUGCAACAGUGAGCAUGUCAAAAGUUGCAGUUUCAUUCACUCACAUUAUCAAGAGUGGAGAGCCUGCUUUCAGUGUUUUGGUUUCAAGAUUGUUAGGUGAAACUUUCCCAUUGUCAGUGUACCUUUCACUUUUGCCAAUAAUUGGUGGUUGUGGACUUGCUGCUAUUACUGAACUCAACUUCAAUCUAAUAGGCUUUAUGGGGGCAAUGAUAUCAAACUUGGCAUUUGUAUUUAGAAAUAUAUUCUCAAAGAAAGGUAUGAAAGGGAAGUCAGUUGGAGGGAUGAAUUACUAUGCUUGUCUCUCAAUGAUGUCUCUUUUGAUUUUAACUCCUUUUGCUAUUGCUGUGGAGGGUCCACAAGUAUGGGCACUUGGAUGGCAGAAUGCAGUCUCCCAAAUUGGCCCAAAUUUUAUAUGGUGGCUGGUGGCCCAAAGUGUGUUCUAUCACUUGUACAAUCAAGUCUCCUACAUGUCCCUAAAUGAGAUCUCCCCAUUGACAUUUAGCAUUGGUAACACAAUGAAGAGAAUUUCUGUCAUAGUCUCAUCCAUCAUCAUCUUUCAAAUUCCAAUUCAACCAAUCAAUGCUCUUGGUGCUGCCAUUGCAAUCAUGGGAACUUUCCUCUACUCACAGGCUAAACAGUAACCGGAAUUCGGUGUGGUAUAUGAAAAGAAAAAGGAGGGACUUACACUUGCUUUAAUUUCAGGGAAGCAAAAGAUAUUAUCAUGUUAUCAAUUUGUGACUACUAGCAAUACUGUUUUUUUCCCUAGCAAAUGACUGGAGGCAUGGCAGAAUGGAUGUGGAAAAUGGGAAGUCUCAGUGGUUCAUGACAGAGACAAAAGAGUCUUGAGUGAAUGAAUGUGCCUUUUGAGUUAUUGAAAUGUCAAGAAAACCAAAAAAAAUGCCUCUUCCUAGAUGCAAUUCCCAUCAAAGAAUUUGUAUUGACCUUUAUGCUGUGAAUUAAUAUGAAUAUAUUGUAUGCGUUUGUGUGAAAUGGUAAAGUUUGGUUUUCUCUA